AGUGGUGCUACAACCUAGCAUUUUCAUGACWUUGCUGUGGAGCUUGUCAGGUGACUGACUGUCUCGUUGUGUCCUAGUAUGAUCAACUUUCCCAUAUACUAACUGCUGCAGUCAACCAAGUAACAAGCGCAAUGGCACUACGGGACGAYCUUUUAAAGUCAAUAUGGCAUGCUUUCACAGCGUUGGACGUGGACAAAAGCGGGAAAGUGUCCAAGUCGCAGUUAAAGGUGCUCUCUCAUAACUUGUGCACUGUGAUGAGGAUCCCCCAUGACCCGGUGGCCCUUGAGGAGCACUUCAAAGAUGACGACGAAGGCCCCGUCUCUACACAGGGCUAUAUGCCCUACUUGAACAAGUUCAUUUUGGACAAGGUCCAGGACAACUUUAAUCGGCAGGAUUUUAACAGAAUGUGCUGGACCCUGUGUGCCCGGAAGAACCUCAACAGAACACACCUCCUCAUCUCGGAUGAKGACGCCUUCAAGAUCUGGUGCAUCUUCAACUUCCUGUCCGAAGACAAAUACCCACUGGCCAUAGCCACUGAGGAGAUCGAGUACUUCCUGCGCAAGCUGACAGAGGCCAUGGGUGGCAGCUGGGUGGAGGAGCGCUUCGAGGACUACAAGCUUGAGCUUUGCACCAAGCAGCAGUGCCUGAGUGCCUGGGAGAUAAUCACCCUGGUGGGCACUGGCACUUUCAGCAAGGGCAUGGACCGCCAGACCCUCUCUAUGGGCAUCACCGAGGUCUUCCACGAGCUCAUCCUUGACGUAUUCAAACAGGGCUACAUGAUGAAAAAGGGUCACAAGAGAAAGAACUGGACAGAACGCUGGUUCCUCCUGAAGCCCAACUCCAUAUCCUACUACGUGAGCGAGGACCUGGCAGAGAAGAAGGGUGACAUCCUGCUGGAUGGAAACUGCUGUGUGGAGUCGUUACCGGAUAAGGAAGGGAAGAAGUGCCUGUUCUAUGUCAAAUGCUCCGACAAAAGCUAUGAGAUCAGCGCGUCGGAUAAGAAGAGGAAACAGGAAUGGAUACAGGCCAUCCAGACGUGUAUCAGUCUGCUGAAGCUGGGCCGGCCGGCGCCGCARCGCGAGUCCCGCCAGAAGCGGAGGGAGUUGAGGCAGAAACAGCAAGCGGAGCAGGAGGAGCUAGAGCUCAGGAUGAGGGAGCUGCAGARGGCCAACGAGAACAAGCAGCAGGAACUGGAGGCCAUGAGGAAGAAACUGGAGGAGGCGGCGGCCAAUGCGGCAGAGGAGGAGAGGAGACUCCUGCAGACGCAGACUGAACAACAGGAUCGCUACAGGGUGGACCUUGAGAGGGAGAAAWUGGUGCGACAGGAGAUGGAGGAGCAGGUAGCUCAGAAGUCCACUGAGCUGGAGCAGUACCUGCAGCGCGUCCGCGAGCUGGAGGACAUGUACCACCGCCUGGAGGACGCACUGGAGGAGGAGAGAGGCGCCAGGCAGGACGAGGAGACGGUUCGCAGGCUCCAGGCCCGGUUACUGGAGGAGGAGGUGACCAAGAGGGCUGAGCUGGAGCAGAUCCACCUCCACCAGCAGAGGACCAUCACUGAGACGGAGGCGGAGAAACAGGAGUUGGAGAAGGAGGGAACGGCCAAGGAAAGUGCCCUGCAAGCCGCCAUGCUGCAGUUGGAGCAACUAGAGAGUGAGAGGCAGGGGGCACUGGAGCAGUACCAGGAGGUAAUGCAGAAACUGGAGGACGCAGCGAACAACACCAGGACCUGGAAACAUAAAGUGGCCCACCAUGAGGGAUUGGUCCGCCUCAUUCAACCAGGUUCAAAGGGGCCUCAGAAUAUCACUAACUGGGGCCCAGCAGCCUUCACUGAGGCAGAACUAAGCCUGAGGAAGAAYGAUUGGCAGGAGCGGAAGAACCGACCCGCCCAGACCCAGUAGAGCCCCCAUUCAACACACUCAUGGUUGCUGAAACAUUGAUGGAACAUUGAUGCAACUUUGCCCUCAGUGUGAAAUGUUGCGUCUUCAGCAUUCAUUAACUCAAAAGGGAACAGGGAAGGCAGGCUCGCUUUUACACAGAUACCAGGGUUGUGUUCAUUAGGCACCAAAUGGAAGUCAACAAACUGAAACAGUGUCCAAUAGGAAAUUGUCUUUUUCCGUUGCAAAUCGAUUUGAAACGUUUUCUGUUUCGUGCCCUAAUGAACACGACCCAGUUCACAGCAGGUGCAGUACAGAUCUUUAUACUACCUGCAUAGCCUGAUAGUAAAAUGAACAGACAGAUUCAAAUUGCUUUCAUAUGAAGGACUGAAGGAGCUGCACGCUUGACACUAGUAAUUCAAUGUCUGAGGAAGGUGGAGUGUGGUCCGAAACGUUAGAUUCCUUUCAUCAAAACGUUUUUGACCGUGUUUUGAUUAUACAUUUUUUUCCUAAGGGAUUUCACAAUUGUUUGUCUUUUGUAAAUGUAAAACUACAGCUUGCAUAAUUUUAAUCAGGUUCCAUUGCCAAAGUCAUAGCACUUAAUAACCCAUAAAGUAGUAUGAACAAAACUCCAUGUUAACAUCAUCAAAUUUCAUUACUCAUGAAAAUAAUAAUCAAAUAACUAGCCAUCAUAGUGUACUACUCCCAUUUUAUUAAAUGUAAUUUUUGCGUACACAUACUAAGAAAUGGGACAUUUGCGGUGUUACACUUGAAACUUUGCUGCUACACUGUAAUGAAAAAUUGUACAGUAAUCGGAGGUAUUAUCAAUAUUAAAAUACUCAAAGUUUUA